CAUGGGGCCCCCCUAAUGAGGUCCCCAUCCCACUGCCCAGGGAGGCCGUGCCAGAUCCGGCAGCAGCGCAGAUCCCGGCUGAGCCGCGGGGCUGGGCCCUUCCUGCGGCAGGAACCUCCCGAGGAGCCGUUUCCUCGUCGGGCGGCAGCGGGUCCCCUCCGCCACCGUCCCGUCCCGCCCGCCGCGGGGAGGAAACGCGCCCCAGCGCCCCGUGCUGCAGCUGGGGCCGGGCACCCACCGGAGCCGCCGCCGAGCCCGGCCCCGUCUCUCGUCGAGGCGGCGGCGGAAACCGGGCGAGUCGGGACCGGCCCGGCGCGGGCACGAGCGGCACCGCGGGCGCGCACCCGCCCCAGCGCCGGCCGCAGGCGGAGGCGCGGGGAGGCCAUGGAAGCGGCGGGGCCGGCGGAGGAGGCGCUGGUGCUGGUGGAGUACGGCUUCGAGUACCGCGCCAAGGACGGCACCUUGGUCUCCAUCAAACCCAACGAGCGCUACGUCCUGCUCAAACGCACCAACCCGCACUGGUGGCACGUCCGCAGGAGCGGGGACGCCCGACCCUUCUACAUCCCGGCCCAGUACGUCAAGGAGCUGCCGCCCAUCGCCGCCCCAGCCCCGCUUGACCCCCCUCCAUCUGCGACAGAACCGGCCACGCUCGUCCCUCAGCCCCCGCCAGCCUACGAGUAUCGGUUCAUCGGCGCCGCCGAGCCGGGGGAGCCGGCAGGAGAGUGCUCGGUGCCCAGGAGGGACUCGGUGCCCAGGAGGGACUCGGUGCCCAGGAGGGACUCACCUUCAUCACUCAGCUCUUUUCGGGUCCUCACGGGGCUGACCCCGCACCCCGCUGAGCCUGUGAAACCUUCGCACUCCCUGGAUGACCUGGCGCGGGUGACACCAGCAGCACGCAGUGCCACUGCCAUGGGGGCACGGGGGGACCCCCCAGGACACGCUCGGCCGCUCGGGAAGAGCCGCUCCGAGACCCUCUGCGCCUCCGGCAGGGACAGGGACGUGGCCAGGAGGUGGCCUGGGGCCGGCCCCGCCUCUCAGAUACACAAGGAGUCGGAGGAGACACCUGAUCCCAUCUACCUCAAUAUCCAGGAGCUGCGGGAGGAGGCCAGCAGUGCCCCAGAGGAGCCUGGCGGCGCCGUGUCGGACUGGGAAACCCACACAGACACGGACAGUGGACAUUUGUUUUAUUAUAACCCGGUGACGGGCGAGACCACGUGGGAUUGUCCCUUCGGGCAGGCGGCCGAUGGAGUGAGUCCCGCCGCCUCUCCCGCCUCCUCGCUCGCACACAGCCCGGAGCUUCCCGAGUGGGAACAGCACGUGGAUGAAGGAAGCGGACAGACUUUUUUCUAUAAUUCAGUGACAGGUGAGACGUCGUGGGACCCCCCCACUGCAGGACACACAGGCAGCCCCCGGGAGAUUCACCCUGGGGGGACGUGGUACGGUCCCAUGGAGCAGAGGCCACCCACUCCAGAAACGGAUUAUCCCGACCUGUCUCCAGAUGAGCUGGAGUGUUAUCCCGAGGAGGACUAUUCGCCCGUGGGCUCGUAUGAUCAGGGGGCCUCUCUCUGCCUGUCCCCAAGGCACCCCGAGGAGCUGGGGUCACCCCCGGGCUGGUUCAGGCACAGCCACCCCGAGGGAAUCACGUUCUACCCCGAGCACUUUGCCCCUGACACGGUGCCAUCGGGCGGCCGCCACGAGCGCGCCAGCAGCGGCUCCAGCCAGGACAGCGGGCGCUUCGCCUGGCACGGCGCCGUGUCGCCAGCAGCGGCCAGCAACGAGAAGGGGGGCACCCAGCCUGCCCUCACCCCAGCACCAGGGACAGCAAGGGGCAAAUGUGACACCCCCACCUUUACUUUCCAGUUUAAAAGCCUUGAAAAAGCCGGGGUGCUUAACCGGACCAAGACAGUGGACAGAGGGAAGCGGCUCCGGAAGAACUGGAGCUCGUCCUGGACAGUGCUGGAAGGGGGAAUCCUCACUUUCUUCAAGGACUCCAAACACUCAGCUGCCAGUGCCUUGAAGCACCCUGGCACCCUGACCACCCCCGAGCACACAGUGGAGCUGCGCGGGGCCACCCUCACCUGGGCCGGCAGGGACAAGUCCAGCAAGAAGAAUGUCCUGGAGCUGCGGACGCGGGAGGGCUCGGAAUUCCUCAUCCAGCACGACUCGGAGCAGAUCAUCACGGGCUGGCACCGGGCCAUCGCCGACAGCAUCGGCCGGAGGGGCUCCGACAUCCCCGCGGAGGAGGAGGCCGAAAUUCGGGCUGAGUUCGGCUCCCGCGAGAAGCUGGGGGGCGGCGAGGAGAGGAGGGCAGCGGCCGGGCAGGUGACGGGCACUGCCGAGAGUGACACCAACAGAGUCCGGAACAAACUCCGCAAGUUCCUGCAGAGGCGGCCGACGCUGCAGUCCCUGCGGGAGAGGGGCUACAUCAAGGACCAGGUUUUUGGCUGCUCGCUGCUGGUGCUGUGUGAGCGGGAGCGGGCGACAGUGCCACACUUCGUCCUGCAGUGCAUCUCGACUGUGGAGAGGAGAGGUCUGGACAUUGAUGGGCUGUACCGCGUCAGUGGCAACCUGGCCACCAUCCAGAAACUGCGCUACAAGGUGGAGCACGACGAGCAUCUGGACCUGGAUGAUGGGCGCUGGGAGGACAUCCACGUUGUCACCGGGGCACUGAAGCUCUUCCUGAGGGAGCUCCCAGAGCCACUCAUCCCCUUCAGCCACUUCGACAAGUUCAUCGCUGCCAUCAAGAUCCAAGACCUGUCCCUACGGGGCCGCUGCAUGCGGGACCUGGUGCUGUCCCUGCCACCCGCCCACCACGACACCAUGAAGGUCCUUUUCCGCCACCUCUGCAGGGUAGUGGAGCACAAGGAGGAGAACCGCAUGUCGGUGCAGAGCGUCGCCAUCGUCUUCGGCCCCACGCUGCUGCGGCCGGCCAGCGAGGAGGGCAGCAUGGCCAUGCACAUGGUCUUCCAGAACCAGGUGGUGGAGCACAUCCUCAACCACUAUGGAUACAUCUUCCCCGAGGGAUAAACCCCGGGGACACCUGCGAGGACAAGUCCAGCAGUGGGGACUUGAUGGAGCAGCAUCUCCAGGAAGGACUUGGCCGUGUGUCACCUUGGUGGUGGCUCCAUGAAGGGCAGCGCGGUGACCCGGCUCGGGGAGGGCUUGGCCACCCUGUCACCCCGGGGCGAUCCAGGGGGUGGAGCCCCAGGGGUGUGUGGGGUUCAGUGGGUCCCCAAGGUCAGUGCAGCCCUGCAGUGCCCAGCUCGCCGGGCUGGCAGUCCCAGCUGGGAACAGGGAGUGUCCAGUGCCUGCUGGGCGGUGGCACCAGCAGGCGGGCAGGGAGAGGCCGGGCAGGGCCAUGGCUGGAGCCCCCAGUCCGUUCCCAAAUAAAGAGCCCAUUCUGACACAAGG